AUGGCACAUAACAGUGGCGUCAAGCGAGACAUCCCUAUCAAAUUGGGCGACUUCAGCGUGAUCGACUCCGAGUUCAGCAACAUCCGUGAGCGUUUCGACGCUGAAAUGCGAAAGAUGGAAGACGAGAUGACCAAGUUCCGUUCCGAACUCAUGAACAGAGAGUCCAACUUUUUCAAAACCACUUCCAAGACAUCGCACGUGGAAGAAAAGUCCUUCUCUCAAAACACUAUCACCUCAAAUCACAGUGAAUUACCACCAAGUCGAUUGUCAACUGGGGCCACACCCAGUGGUUGGGUUGAAAACAUCAACUCACCUCUAAUCCAAGAAGAUGGUGAUAAUAAAAUGUUAAAACUUAGAUUCGACGUCAGUCAAUACGAACCCGAGGAAAUUGUUGUCAAGACAGUCGACAACAAAUUGUUGGUACAUGCUAAACACGAGGAAAAAUCGGAUUCAAAAUCAGUUUACAGAGAGUAUAACCGUGAAUUUUUACUUCCCAAAGGAACCAAUCCAGAGGCUAUCAAAUCGUCCCUCAGUAAAGAUGGCGUGUUAACUGUUGAAGCACCGUUGCCCGCUCUCGGUGGUCCCGAUAAAUUGAUUCCAAUCUCACACCAUUAAUUAUUUUUUCCACCUAGUGAUCAAUUUUUAGAAAGCAUACAAAUUUAAAUAUUUAUUUUAAUAU